GAAAAAGGCAGAGGAGGAUGCCCCCCAGAUGUAAAUAAAAGCUUUAUGCCUCAUUGGCCAACACCACCAAAUUAACUAUAACCCACUGGUCCCAUCUUGUUUCCAAAAGCAACCCAAUAAUAUUCUCACAUCAACUAAUCACUAUACGCCAUUUUCUCCUUUUGCAUAACCUUUCUCUAGUCCCCAUGCACCACUCUCCUAACAUUACAAAUUUCAUGGCUUGAGAUAUACACUGGUGUCACCCACCCUUACCUGCCAUUGGGGUCUCUCCGAUAGUCCCCUCUUUCUUCUCUGCUCCGAGUUCCAAUGGAGAUUUUCAGGAGCUUCUGUGUGAGUGUUUUGGGAGCUCUGCUGGUUAUUGAAGCUGUUUUGGCUGCUGAUCUUUUCUCUGAUGCGCUUCUUAGCCUGAAGUCCGAGUUUGUUGAUGAUUCUAACAGCUUGGCUGAUUGGUUUGUGCCUCCUGGAGUAGAGGAGUAUAACAAGGUCUAUGCUUGUUCUUGGUCCGGAGUCACAUGUAACAAGAACUCCUCUCUGGUCAUUGGUCUGGACCUGUCUUCCAAGAACCUUGGUGGAAUAAUUUCUGGGAAGCAAUUCAGUGUCUUUACUGAGCUGGUUGAUCUCAACCUCAGCUACAAUUCUUUCUCUGAGCAGCUCCCUGUGGAAAUCUUCAAUCUCACCAAUCUGAGAAGCUUGGAUAUCAGCAGAAACAAUUUUUCAGGUCACUUUCCUGGUGGAGUUUCCAGGCUUGAGCACCUUGUUGUGCUUGACGCCUUCAGCAACAGCUUUUCGGGCCCACUGCCAACUGAAGUUUCUCAGCUUGAAUACCUAAAAGUUCUCAAUUUAGCUGGGAGUUAUUUCAAGGGACCAAUCCCAUCAGAAUAUGGUUCUUUCAAGAGCCUUGAGUUCAUUCAUCUGGCAGGAAACCUUCUCAGUGGGAGCAUACCGCCAGAACUGGGUAAACUGAGUACAGUGACCCAUAUGGAGAUUGGCUACAAUUCUUACCAGGGAAGUAUUCCAUGGCAAUUGGGUAACAUGACUGAGAUUCAGUAUCUUGAUAUUGCUGGGGCUGAUCUCUCAGGCUCAAUACCCAAGCAACUCAGCAAUCUUACUAAGCUUCAAUCACUUUUUCUCUUCAGAAACCAGCUCACUGGAUUGAUUCCAUCGGAGUUUAGCAGAAUCGUGACGCUGACAGACUUGGAUCUUUCUGAUAACCAGCUUUCUGGGUCUAUUCCAGAGAGCUUUUCAGAGCUGAAGAAUCUUAGACUGCUCAGUCUAAUGUACAAUGACAUGAGUGGCACUGUCCCUGAAAGCAUUGCGGAACUCCCAUUACUGGAUACCCUUCUCAUAUGGAACAAUUUCUUCUCUGGGUCACUUCCACAGAGCCUGGGCACGAAUUCGAAACUCAAGUGGGUGGAUGUUUCUACAAACAAUUUCAAUGGUCCCAUUCCUCCAGAGAUCUGCACAGGGGGAGUGCUUUUCAAGUUGAUUCUGUUUUCAAAUAAUUUUACGGGCAGUCUUUCUCCAUCUCUCUCCAAUUGCUCUUCUCUUGUUCGUAUCCGACUUGAAAAUAAUUCCUUCUCAGGUGAGAUCCCUUUAAGAUUCAGCCAUCUUCCUGAAAUCACAUAUGUCGACCUGUCUAGAAAUGGAUUUACUGGUGGAAUUCCCACAGACAUAUCCCAAGCUUCCAAUCUUCAGUACUUUAAUGUCUCUAAAAAUUCAGAGCUAGGAGGGAUGCUCCCUGCAAAAAUUUGGUCUCUGCCGCUUCUUCAGAACUUCUCAGCGAGCUCUUGUAAAAUCUCUGGUCAUAUUCCUGCUUUCCAAGUCUGCAAAUCCAUUACAGUAAUUGAAGUGAGCAUGAACAACUUGUCAGGAAUUAUCCCAGAAAGUAUUUCCAGUUGUCAGGCCCUUGAGAUGGUGAAUUUAGCCAACAAUAAUUUAACAGGUCAUAUACCUGAGCAGCUUGCAAGUCUUCAUGAACUUGCUGUGGUAGACCUAUCCCACAAUAAUUUGACUGGUCCCAUACCCGAAAAGCUCAGCAAUUUAUCCAGCUUACUACUUAUCAACGUGUCAUUCAACGAUAUCUCUGGUUCAAUUCCUUCAGAAAAGAUUUUCAGAGUGAUGGGUAGCAGUGCUUUUGUUGGAAAUUCAAAGCUAUGUGGAGAACCUUUGAAACCAUGUGCUGAUUCUGAGGGAAUUCAGCAUGGAUUCAAACUGGGGAGCAAAAGCAAAGACAAGCUUAAAUGGGUUCUUCUACUCUGUGCAGGGGUGCUUUUAUUUAUCUUGGUUUCAGUUCUGGGAAUAUUUUAUUUCAGGAGAGGAAGCAAAGGACGAUGGGAAAUGGUUUCUUUUAGCGGGCUUCCUCGAUUCACAGCAAAUGAUGUUUUGAGGAGUUUUAGUUCUACAGAAUCCAUGGAGACAACACCACCAUUAUCCUCUUCAGUUUGCAAAGCAGUUCUGCCCACAGGAAUAACAGUUUCAGUGAAGAAGAUUGAAUGGGAAGCAAAGAGAAUGAAGGUUAUGUCAGAAUUCAUAACCCGAAUAGGCAAUGCAAGGCACAAGAAUCUGAUUAGACUGCUGGGUUUCUGCUAUAACAAGCAUGUGGCAUAUCUCUUAUAUGAUUACUUGCCUAAUGGAAAUCUUGCUGAGAAGAUCAGAAUGAAAAGGGAUUGGGCAGCCAAGUACAAAAUUGUAAUUGGAAUUGCUAGGGGACUUCACUAUCUUCAUCAUGAAUGCUACCCUGCAAUACCCCAUGGUGAUUUGAAGUCGAGUGACAUAUUGUUUGAUGAAAAUAUGGAACCCCAUCUGGCAGAAUUUGGAUUCAAACUUCUGGCAGAAUUGAACAAAGCUUCACUUCCAUCAACCAUUUCUAGGACAGAAACAGGUGAAUUCAAUCCUGCAAUAAAAGAGGAGCUCUACACCGACAUUUACAGCUUUGGAGAGGUGAUUAUGGAAAUUAUAACAAAUGGUAGGCUAACAAAUGCAGGAGGAAGCAUACAGAGCAAGCCAAGGGAGGCUCUUUUAAGAGAGAUUUACAAUGAAAAUGAAGUGGGGUCUGCAGAUUCCAUGCAGGAGGAGAUAAAAUUGGUUUUUGAAGUUGCUUUGUUGUGCACUAGAAGUAGACCAUCUGACAGACCUUCCAUGGAAGAUGUAUUAAAUCUUUUAUCGGGUUUGAAGUCACAAAGAUUUGUCGGGUUUGAAGUCACAAAGAAACAGGAGAACUUUUGAAAGGAGAAGUGCUAGGCAUUUGCACAACACCAGGUAUAUGAAAGAACCAUCAACAGAUAUAAAAAGUAGUUAAUUAGCUGAUAGGAGUGCUGUUUGUUUUUUUAUCUUUGUUGAUAGCUUGUGCUUAUCAUAAUCCCCAUAACUAUUUUGCUGUUAAAUAGUAACAUAUAAGUUUGUGUAUUCUUAAAGCAUCAUAUUAAAGAAAAAGGUUUAACUAUUGUAUUUGCC